AUGAAAGGUAAUAAGACCAAAAACGCUGGAAACUCCCCGGUGACGAGCCUGCUUAACAUUUCCGACGUCUCACACCACAAGGCGGCCGCGAGCAAGGCGUUUUUGGAAAAUCACUACCGCGACCUCUUACGCGAUACCCGUCGAGGUGGCGUACGGGAGGUCGGCCCACGCGAACGGGAGCUCACUGCGAAUGAUUUUCAUCUUGUCAAGUGCAUAGGCCGUGGGGCCUUUGGAGAGGUUUAUGUUUGCCGCCGCGUCGGCAAACCGAAUCAGCUGUACGCCCUCAAACGACUGCGAAAGAUGGAUAUGAUUCGUCGAAAGCAGGUCCUACACAUUCGAUCCGAAAAAGACGUGUUGUCGGAGGCGGCCACCAAAAACCCCUGGGUGGUUCGCUUGUACGCGAGCUUCCAGGACGAGCAGUACCUCUACAUGGUGAUGGAGUACAUGCCAGGGGGGGAUAUGAUUUCGUGGUUGUGCGAAAAGGGCAUUUUCGACGUCGCGAGCACACGCUUCUACAUCGCGGAGCUCUGCAUCGCCGUGAACAGCGUCCACGCCAUGUUUUUUGUUCAUCGCGAUAUCAAACCCGACAACAUCCUUUUCGGGGCGGAUGGCCACAUAAAACUCAGCGACUUCGGCCUGUCGAAGCGCUUCGCGAAGUGCCGGGACGACGAGCCGCUGGGCUUGGAUUAUUCGGUCGACUCCGGCGGCCCCCGCAGCCGGGCCCGUUCGAGCUCGCAAACCACCCCGAAUGAGGACCAUUCGCGAGGAUUGGAGAGCCAACGAUCGCGCGAGGGCCGGGGGCCGGGCUCGGAGGACGCCUUGACGGAUUCCCCCGCCUCGAAUUCCGGACGAUGGGGCGAUCGCUCGCCUCGGCGGCGGCGCGAGAUGUUUCAGUCCAUCGUCGGCAGCGCCGGCUACAUCGCGCCGGAGAUCCUCCUACGCCAUCCCUACAACCUGAGCUGCGAUUGGUGGUCUGUCGGGGUGAUUGUGUAUGAGAUGUUGUACGGCAUCCCACCUUUUUACUCAAGCGAUCCGAACACCACGUGCCAUAAAAUUAUGCAUUGGCGAAAGUAUCUAUGCUUUCCAUCCGAUAAGGGCAUCCCGGACGAGGCCGUGGACUUCAUCUCACGGCUCUUGUGCGACCCGAAGGAUCGAAUGACCUUCGAUGAGAUAGCCCGCCAUCCUUUUCUCCAAGGGCUCGACCUGGAUCACAUGCAGGAGAUGAAGGCCGCGUACACGCCGGUUCUUUCUAGCCCGCUUGAUACGCGAUACUUCCCGGAGAUUGACGAAAGCACGUUGAGUUUGCCCGCCGUAGACGACAGCAGCACCGUGAAGGAAGUUGACCCACGAGGGGUCAUGUUUGCUGAUUUUAGAUUUAAUUACUAUUCAAAUCGCCGACGCUUAUCUCAAACAAAUGAUACUUAA